GAAAACAGCAUUGCCAUAUACACGGCGACGUCGCGUGGUCGCAUGCAGCUCAUCUAUGGCGGUCAGCCCUUCAUCUUUGAGAAGACACUGAAGUUGUCGACGGGUGAGGAGAAACGAUACUGGCGCUGCAAUCAAUGGUGGAAUCAAAAGUGCCGAUCGCGUGUCUUCACCAUCAACGAUAUCGUGUGUCCACUGAAUCGCUUCCACACGCACGAGGAGAUUGUGCGUCGCAAGAAACGCGUGCGUCGUGUGCCACCCACAGCGGAGGCAACUGCCGCAACGAAUGUGAAUGUGAAUGCUAAUACCAAUGCCAAUGCCAAGAUCUAUGCAACGGCAAGCAUACGUCAAGAUCAAUUGGUGCAACCGCAGCAAGUGCAUCAACAACAACAGCAACAACAACAGCAGCAGCAACAUCACCAUCAACAGCAGCAGCAGCAGCAAUUGGCCAGCGAUGCGAUGCUUACCACAACGUUAACGGACGAAUCGACGGCUACCAUUGAUGUCAACGAGCUGGGCAUGCAUUUAAAGUACGAGGAGAUUGUGGCCGAUGUCACGGGCAUUGUGGGUGCAACACAUUCGCAUUCACAUUCGCAUGCGUCCCGUGUCCUUGGCCGCAAGAAGUGAGGCGUGAGGUUGCCCAUUCUACUUCAGCAAGGGUCAGCGUAAAUCGAUUAAACUGAACUAUCUGGGUCACAGUUAUGUGAAGUUCAUGGAGAAUA